GUCGAAAUUCUUUUUCACGGUUACGACGCCGCGUGGUGGUCCCGCCUGGAAAUGGAGAUGCAGCGAGCGGCUGCGGCCGCGAAUCUCUCCAUUGCAGAUGAAAACAAUACUUUUGUAAAACAAGCCAAAGCCCUGGUAGAGCAGCUGGCUGCAAAGGGUAUAUCUCCACGAGAGCUGCAGCGUCGGGGCUAUCCAGCCGCCGUGGUGGGCAGCGAGACCGAGAAUGACUAUCUUUUGCGACACCCCUCGCACGCAGCCCAGUGUCGCGCCGCGCAUUUUCGUGGCCCAGAGGGCAAAACGAGUCUGGCAGGCGAAGACGAGGUUUCGCGCGAGCGGCGCUGGUUCCGCGACGUCGUGAGACAAAAGUUUGAUAAGAACUCGCGAGUGGUGGAUCCUAGUUUCCUCUAUAACGCCGCGGUGCGCCGGCUCCUGUUCGAGCACUUUUUGCGGCUGGGCAGGCCCUUGCCGCCCGAUGACAGUCUUGCCCGAAGGCUGCGCUCGUUUGCCGAGGAUACUAGUGCGACUCUAAAAGGGGAAGCCGACACCCGAUUUACAAAACUCCUGGAUUCCAUCAAGCGACGUCUUUUCGUUGGCUCCUUAGCGUUCGACGCCUACACUGGGACCGGAAUACCGCGGUUGGCGAAAGCGGGCUUCGGGGUUGCGCGGGGUAUGAAAACUGGUCAGGUGGCAGCAGCGAAAGCCGGGGAGGGUCUCGCAGCCGCGGCGAAAACGGGCGCAGAGCUGGCAGAGAACGCUGGAGAACGAAUCGUGCAAGGCAGCGGAGCUGCACGGGCGCUGUUGCAGGAAGGCCUGCGCUACCCAUUGUCGCACGUGCGCAAAAUGCAUGCGGGUUACACGUGGCCGCUUUUCGCACACGACGAAUUUGCGUAUCGGGUAGGGGAAACGGGAGCCGAGGGUACGCAUUCCACGUCCUUUGGAGAGCCGGUAGAAGACGUCCCGCUUGGUUACUUCUAUCUCCGGCGCCGGCACGCAGAUUUCUUGGAGAACGUCACGCAGCGCUUGAAACGCAGCACAGACCCAGAGGAUACGCACAUUCAGGAAGAGCUGCGCACGAAAGAGCAGCUGGAAGAAAGCGAGAGAGCAGACGCCGAUUGGUGGGAAAAGCACGAGAAAGAAAUGGCACCCGAAAAUAAAGCGGCAGCUGUGGCGGACAAUGCUACUGCACAAGGCACAGGGGACGAGGGAGAAGAAGGGGAGGCAACAGGUAGGGGCUCGGCGUCUCGUGCUAUCCAGGUUGAGGUAGAAAGCGAGGAAGACGGGCCAGCAUGGACGCGGUGGUUUUUCAAUAUGAUUACUCAAGCGGAUUAUCGUGCUGCAGUACAAGAAACAGCGAAGGAGGUGGGUUUUGCUUGUGCAGACAGCACUAGCCGAAACGGUCUCAUCGAAUCUGCUUUGCAGUCUAUGUCCGUCGACACAGCAGGGGAGGAAGUUGCUGGUGGCUUUCCGAAAGUUUGUCGGCCUGAAGUAGGUCAAUGUGAGGCCCUCACUGAUCCAAGAGCGUGCGAGGAGAGCAAGGUUUGCGAAUCCGUUUUCAACAGUUUUCGUCCCGUCGGCGUCCCAGAGGCGGUCCGUCUGUCGGAGGAGACGCAUUGCCGGACCUACGACUUUCUUUUCAAAAGCACGAAAGGCAAAGGUUUCCCCGAGAAAGAACAGGUGCAGACACUAUUGGAAUCCAAUGUAGGGAAUCGCAAAUCGGACGCUGAUGCCAAUAUAAAUGUUGCACAAGAGCAAGAGGACGAGAAGGACGCAGCAAGCGAUGAACAUGAAAGAGACAAAGCCAGUACAACUAAUGAUAUUGUCUCGCCGGACGGAAAGUGCGAGUUCAAAUUGUUUCAGUGUCGCACGAAGCGAGCACUAUCACGCAGAGAGCAAUGGAAUCGAGCCCGAACACGUGAAUUCGAUUCUUUUGGUUGUGGCAAGUAUUCCCAGUCAAAAAGCGACUGUGCACAACACAAGCCAUUCUGUGUGUACGAAAUGCCGCGGUAUUGUCGCAAGCGCUCGACGGCAGUAAACUACGUGCGGGAGAAGCGUGGAGAGGGAAGUGUGUGCCGUCUUGCCGUGCCUGGCAGUGCAGGCAACGUGAAGGUGGGAUGCGGCGCAGAGGCGGAGUUUUUGGCUCGCGAGAGCGGAGAAAUUGGCGCAGCCGGAAAAGGUCAACAAGCCCCGGCGGCUAGUGCUGCAGUUAAAAACUGCGAAACGGCAUCGGAAGGUUACGUGGUGCGGGCUCCAAGUGAGGAUCCUGAUUACGCAGAUCGUGUUGUCCGUGAACUAGCAGUUGUUCCUAAAAGCGUGGAGAAAGUGGUUGAAGAAAAGGUUUUGCCGCACGUGCGGGAAGCCUUCCGUGACCUCAUCGACGCCGAAGUCGACUCCGAGGAAACGCGAGUGUCCGCGGAAACACGUACACUCGGGAAGGCCGACGAAAUGCCAGCUGACAAUAUUGAAGCGGACGUGGAGGCCCGCGAAAAAGAGGCGACUGAGGCUGCAGGGGCGCGUGGAGGUGGUAGAAGUUCUGUUGGCGAGAAGGCGGUCUUGAAGCCGGGAGAAGCGCAAAUACGCGGUCUGGCGCGCUAUUUGCGCGCGCAGGGACCCGAAGCCGCGGCUGCAGCAAAGAGGGUGACGGGGAUUGACAGGCGCAUGCGGGCUGCGAGUCGCGUGCAAGCGCUUUUGCGCUUUUUUUCCGUGGAUUUGGAACAUGAAUUCGCGCGGGGAACGACGAACCGGAUCGGCCCCCGGCCCCGCAUGGGUAUUACUACGCGCGUCGGCAAUUACAGCGAGGGACAUGAGUCGCAUGUCGACUCCCAACGGUGGGACCAAGCCUAUCAGUCGGAAAUGAGAGGUUUUAAAGCCAUGCUUGACGAAGCAACCGGAUCCGAGUUCUUGGAUCGCCUGAUGGGAACACUGGAGGCCUUUCGCCACAUUCGACCUGGCAGUGCUGCUGCAGCAACAGGAAACAGCCUUCAGCCUCCCUCGACACUAACCCCGACUGGUGGCACGGCAGAUGGCAACUCGUCUCAAAGCACAUUCGAUUCGAUGAUGUACGGAUUGAAUCUGAUGCGGCAGAACAUUGCGUGGUUUACCGUCCACAAAAUGGGAGCACCGCCUGUUUUUACUGUGGGCAGUGAAAUGGCUGAAAAAACAGUCUCAACGGCACUGCACACUGCGCAAACGCUCGUCUCCAAAGCGAUGUCCAGCGCCGCUUGCACAUUUCUAGACUCCGAUGCACGUACUUCUAUAUUCCUUUGUCGAUUUAGUAGAUUGUGAUUGUCUAGUAAAAAAAAAAAUAGCUUGAAGAUUUAUUGAUUCAAAUUUGGCGUAAGGGUCAAACCUGAAGUACAUGACCAUGACCAUUUAUUGACUCCAUUCGAGCUUGCUUGUAGUAGAUGAUGUUGAUGACUUCAUAAACAUGAAUAUCUACAUCAAUCAUCUGUUUCGACAGUUUCGGAACUUGCGAUCAGGAAAAUUCACCAUGACCAAUUAUCUGCUUGCGUAGUUAAAUUUGUGGUCAUUUUGUAUUUCUUGCUUCUCUCUUUUUUCAUCAGUGCUGAGCCAGUUCCACGAAAUGGGACACGCUCUGCUGGAUGAUCUUUCGAAUUUCUGGAUGAACAUGAGCGGGAUUGCUUUCGUCUAUUCGCUGCAGACCGCGGCCGACGAGGCGGACGGCGCUGGCGAAGAGCACACCACCUGGAUGCGCGAUUCCAGCACGAGUGACGUUGUGCGCGACACUCGGGAAUUGCCGAGCUUCGACAACCCGUUUUCUUCCAAGCGCGACUUCGCCUCGGUCUGGAAUGGGGCACGCACCGACUACUGUUCGGAGGUGCCGGUCUCGCAUUGCCACGAAGUCGAGCCGUGUGUCGUGGUGCGGCGUCGUUUCCGGCGUCGGCCUAAGGGUUACUCGGAACGCUUUAGAGGCUAUUUUGGGCUCAGCAAGGAAUCUAAAGGUUUGCAGCGUGACGUGCGCGAGUUUCAGGUGUGCAUGAGUCGUGAGUUCGCAAACACGGAGGUUUUGGAACAAGAUCAGGUGUCGCAGAACCUCGGAGAUCGCUUUCUGGGUGUCUCCAAAACUGGAGGUAAGCAACCAGAUUGGAGCUUCGACUGGAAUUUUCAGAAACCCACCAACCCGACGCUCAUCAUUCCAGAAGUUAUCAAGAAUCGAAAGCUCCUUGGAGGGUCAUCUCUUUCGAAGGCAACUUCUGCUGAAGGUGGCGGACUUUUUCGGGAUACUACCUCCAAAUACAAGAGUGGGAAGUUACUGGAAGAGUGAGCUACAAGGCGUAGGCAUUUUUGAGGGUCGAGAAAGGGGAGUUUGAGUUCUUUACUUCCUCCGGUGUGCUAGUGGCAUCUUUUGAUUCCAAGAAAUUCCAAGAACGAAGUUUGGCAGGUCAACCUUCUUGCUUCUAUCUUUUAUGUACCUACUGG